GAGAAUACUUCUUUGGAGCUUUUCAAACAAGUCCGAAACCUAUGUAGCAAGCCGCGACUAUUUUAAGUCCUACGUUUACAUUUCAGAAGCGACGAUGGCGUGAUUCGUGGCUGCAACCUUCGGCAUCUUUUGAGUUUUGACAAUCAAAAUCCUCUUCCACAGAAAAACAGACAAUACGAGCACGCCAGAAAUGGCGGAAUCUCAACACCCGCGACUAAUCCUCCACAAUUUCCUCUCCUUCCAUGAAUGCAAGGAACUGGAAUUUAUUCACAAGAGUUGCAGUACAGUGGGUUAUAGACCCAAUGUCUUCUCAACGACUCUUUCUCAUCUUAUAGCUACCAACUCUUCUCAUCUCGUGAUGCCCUUUGUUCCCAUUAGAGAGAGGCUGAAGGAGAAGGUAGAGGAAUUCUUCGGGUGCGAGUAUGAACUCUUUGUUGAGUUCACCGGUUUGAUUAGCUGGAGUAGAGGAGCAAGUAUCGGGUGGCAUAGCGAUGACAAUAGGCCUUAUCUCAAACAACGCGAUUUUUCGGCAGUUUGUUAUUUGAACAACUAUGGGGAUGAUUUCAAUGGUGGAAUUUUCCACUUCCAGGACGGAGAACCGCCAACUAUUAUACCGUCGCGUGGAGAGGUUGUGAUAUACACAGCUGAUAGCCGCAAUGUUCACUCUGUUGAUGAGAUUAUUGAGGGGGAAAGACUUACUUUGGCAUUAUGGUUUAGUCGUGAUAGUUCUCAUGAUGAGGAUGCUAAACUUCUUUCUCUCCUCUCAGAAAACUCAUUACAUUGUAGUAAACUCAUUUCAUGGCUUCCAGUGCCCGCAUCCAGUAAUAUGUACUGGUUUAUUCUGGGCAAUGCUUCUGACGACCAGUCAGGUUUCGACAUAUGCUGGGCAAGACUGCAUGUGCUUGGAUUGGACAUACUUUAUUCUCCAGAAAAUAGCUGCGACUCUGAUAUCUCUGAGUUAUUGGUGGAGCCGCUGCGAUUAGCAAGAGGAGAUGAAUUGCUUGAAAUGGAGUUUGCAAACAUUUUGCACGCACUUCAGGUAUUGAAGCAAUGCUCGUUCAUAGGUAUUGUAACCACUGAGUUCUUGCUAAAGGUGGUGCAAUACUACUGUUGGAAAGCCUCUGAAUUGGAAACCACCACCAAAGUGGAAGUAGAAACAAGCAAAGUCAUACUACUAUCUGAAUCGCAGCAGAAAAGUAUUAGUAGCCUCAAAUCUUUAUUUUCAAAGGAUGAUCAUCUAGCGGAGACGGUGUUCGGUCGUGCGGCUUGUGGCGAAAGUAUGCGACUGUACUUCAAUUGGGAAAAGUUUGUUGCUGCUGUUGCUAUGUGGGAAGAUUAUGUGCGCCCGUCGUAUGAAGGAAUAGCACAAAGCUUACCAUAUUGGAGAAAACAACAAUCUAUUUUCAAUGUUGCUUUCGAUGGGAAGUAAACGGUACGAUCUGUAACACUACUUCAUGAAAAUGUAGUAAAAAAUAUCUUCUUAUGCAUCCACUUGGAUUGUCAUUAGUUAUGUGUAAUUGUGAGGAAGAUUUUCAACGAGAGUACUUCUCAAAGGUGCAAGGAACACGUUUGAUUUGAAUGACAUGUCGUUUUUUAACUGUGUUUAUGAAGAAUAACGCAUGUCGUU